GCUCUAGAUGGGCUUGAGCACAACAUUGUUGACAUCGUGCCAUUAGGCACGAAUACAAACAUUUACAGAUUUCAUUGUACCAGCCCCUCUAAACCGGUAAUCUGGGUGUUUAAAAACGCAUUUUGACCAAUGGUAAACGAGGCUGUAAAAAUAUGUCAGCGUCGAUUUAAGAAAGGACCAGCCCGCUCCCUGUUAUUGUACACAGGUUGUCACAGCCAUUAGCACGGUGGAAGGAUGCCGAGGAGGAUGCUGUAGAGGAAGCGCUGUGUCCCCAGACAGCCCCCACUCUCACCAAGCGAAGUGACAGCUGUGGUUUGAGGCGUCGCUGAGCUCUGUCUCUUAUAGAGUCGCUCACCGAGGUAGAGCUUUGAUUGUCACUGUUUAUGUUUGUAAGAGAGUGAAUCAACGAGGGCUCUCCUUUUACUCAGUGCAAUAACUGACUGGCGUGCCUGGUAGCCAAAGCAAGCGCCCCUGUUGCCACUACUGUCCUGGGCACUUGAAAAAAAAUUCGAACCUCAGCUAAACAAGAGUUUACUGUGCCCGCUAUUGCUAGAGGGGCUGAAUUAUCAUCUGCGUCUACAGUAAUGCCCGGUCCAGAUCACAAAGACACAGAUCUUUCUGAGAAAGGCAUGUCGUCCUCCACCAGUGGAGUCGUGGUUCAGGUUCGGGAGAAGAAAGGUCCCCUACGGGCUGCCAUUCCCUACAUGCCCUUUCCACUGGCUGUCGUCUGCUUGUUUCUCAACACGUUUGUCCCUGGACUUGGUACCUUUGUGUCAGCAUUCACAGUGCUUUGUGGUGCUCGGACAGAUUUGCCAGAGAGACACAUGUGCUGUGUGUUUUGGCUAAAUAUUGCUGCAGCCCUGAUCCAGAUUUUGACGGCUAUCGUUAUGGUGGGCUGGAUCAUGAGUAUAUUCUGGGGAAUGGACAUGGUCAUCCUAGCCAUUUCAGAAGGUUAUAAAGAGCAGGGAGUGCCUCAGCAGUUAUAAGUCACAGGCAAAGGAUGAAAAGCGCAAUAUAAUCACAACUGAAGUCAGAUGCGGAUUAAAGUGCCAAAGGCUUUUUGGCUACUUUUGAGGGACACUGAGUGUGCUGGCAGGAACAGCUGAUUUAAGACCUAUGGUAUCCCAAGGUCACAUGAGAAAAACAUCUGCUGCUUUAUGACGAUGAAAUAUUACAAAGUAUAAUGGCAUUAACUUAGAAAAACCACAGCUGUGUAAUGGAAUUAAAGAAGAAGGCUGCAAAGCAAGCAAGCAGCAGCAGCUGUAUCACUGAGACAUGGACAUAUCAGGGGUCACACACAUUCACAGGAUUCUAACUCUGUAAAACACAAGUUGUUGUUUUGUUUUGUAUUUUUUUUUGUUUUUUUUUUUUUGUUGGGGGAUUAAAUCAUUUGAGAAAUCUGACACUCUGCUAAGGAGAACUGAAGGGCUAACAGACUAGCAAGAAUAUGGACACAAUUGCUGCUUUUUGCUACAGAAUGGAUAUUUUAGAGUGCCUCUAAGUAACUGGCUACUAGUUUUGUGCAUUCCUUCAUCUGGCUGCAGUCAUUUCCAGUGGAAAAUCUUUGAUAAUGUUUGCAGGUGGUGGAAGAUUUGACAUAUUAUUCCUUUGUCACAUCCUGUCCUCCAUAACUGAACUGUAUUGUGACGGUUAUCUUGGUGCUGACAAGGGUGACUCUCCAGUAAUACAGCUUCAUGUUAUGUUGCUUUUUGUACUAUAUGAGUGGCAUGUGUUGUACUGUACACAGACAUUCUGUUUGUAUUGCAGUUCAGCCUUGAUUUUUCAUUUUAGGAGCAAAUGCCACCCUAAUUUUGGUGGAACAUAAACAUUUUUCUUACUUGGAUUCAUGGUCCACCUGCGCUUGAAAAAAAUAGGACAGGUGAUGACUGUGAGGUUCAUGCUCUACUGCCAAAAUGAUCAUGAUGUUUAUUAACUUUAUGUGCCCUGGGUUUUGUCAUCACUGUAAACCUCAGAAACUCUCUAAUAACUCUAAUUUUGAUCGUUUUGUGUAUUUGGAGUUUCAUUUUUUAUCAGGCACACUGGAGUUGUAACAAAUUGUAAUUCUGUUUUUUUAUGUUAAUCUUCACUGAGCUUUUUUGUUAAGUAUCACUAUUUCCAGUGCUAUGGACAUUGUUAAAUAUAAACAAUUUGUGAUUUUAUAGAAUAACUGAUGUAACUUUGAUAGAAGUUUGAAUUGUACCAACUGUAAUAGAAAUUUCAGCUGUUUGUCACUUUGUUUGAUAUAGAUAUUCCAGAAUGAAGUCCCUCUCUCUGUGUUUUUAAUAUACUUUCUUAUAAUAGCUCUC